AUGAUUGGAAUGUUUGUUGCAACACUACCAUAUCGUAUUCAAUUAGAUUGUCACUGGUUAUUUGAUGAACUUGUAAAACAUGUACGAGAAAAAUGUUUGUCGAUUCUUGAACAUGCUCAUUAUCCAUUACAAUAUAUUCUCGCUGAAUCCCAUCUGAAUCCAUCGAAUGUUUCUUUUCUUGAGACUAUGUUUGACUUUAUUAUUGUACCUCCUGGUAGUGGUGAAUUAUGUUUUAAUGAUGCAACUUUGGAAGACAUUUCGUUCGAAGUAUCAUCUACAGUGGCUAAAUUUGAUUUCACGUUGACAUUCCUUUACAAUUCAUCAUUAAAUGAUGAUAGACUUUCAUGUCGUUUUGUCUGUUCACAUGAUUUAUUCGAUCAGUCGACUGUUGAUCGGAUAGCACAAAGAUUUCAACAUCUUUUCUAUCAACUCUUUUCUUCCACAUGUGGCGUCUAAUUAGAAAUUAAACCAUUAAUCGAAACUAAACUCUGGUAA